AUGAGCGUUGAGUUAUUAGAUGGUGCCAUCAUUGUUGGCUUUGUGGAAGAUGAUGAAGCAUUCAAUGGUUCAAUUCAAGAUCGAUUUGCUAACUUGGAUACCAACCAUGAUGGUUUGCUCUCCUAUUCAGAGAUGCUAAAAGAGCUACAAUGUCUAAGGAUGAUUGAAACCCAUUUCGGGGUUGAUGUGAAGACUGAUCCAGAAGAGUUGUCUCAUGUCUAUGACUCUCUAUUUGUGCAGUUUGAUCGUGAUUCAAAUGGAACUGUAGACUUGGAGGAGUUCAAAGCUGAGACUAAAAGAAUGAUGCUUGAUAUGGCUAAUGAUCUUGGUUUUUUGCCUGUUCAGAUGAUUCUAGAUGAAGAUAGUUUCUUGAAAAAAGCUGUUGAGAGGGAGUUUACAAAGUUGCAAUCAAAUACACCGGCUUAG